AUGGAUUCGUACGGUACAGGAAACUACCAAUACCAUAAUACGUACCAUAAUAUAAGUGGUGACAGUGACAAUUUUGUCGAGGAAUUAAAGAUUUUAUCACCGAGGAAGGAUGAAUCAAAUAAUAAUAAUAAUAGCAAUAACGUUACCAUUCCAAACGUAAAGGAUAUGACUAAAAUUACCGUUACGAAUUUGGAAAUAUUGCAAUAUCUUCUUAAUUCUCUUAGUGGGAAAGAUAAAUUUGCUAAGAUCGUCAAAUACACUCUGGAUUUAAUCAUACUAUUCAUUGAGAAAGAAUCAAAACCCAAAUCAUAUAUUUCCAAAUCAAAUGUUAACAAUAUCGUUAUGAACCUUUUAGUCAAUAAACCAAGGCUUCUAAUCAUAUUCUUUUUGCAAAAAUUCGUUAAAACGCUAUCAUACAUUUCAAGUCAAUUAAGUACGUAUCGAUACAUCCUUAGAUUCGGAAAUAGUCCAUUUCUGACGUGGGAUUUCAUUAAAGCCAUUAAAAAAUUGUAUACCAAUCGUAAGCAUUUAUCGUUGCAGUCCAUAAAUGAAACAUUCAAGAUUAAUGAUCUGAUUAAUCUAUAUUAUACGAUAUGUGAUGAAUUAGUACUGUUACAUAAAUUCAAAGUUUGGUCGAAUCCAUAUUUCUACGAAAGGAUAUCGAGACAUCAAGUACUUUCCUGGCAGUAUGAUAUCGUUCUAAGUUUAAUAAAUAAUCUGAGUCAAUUAAACACAAACCAACAAAAGGAAUUCGAACUGAAUCUUCUAAUCAAGAUUAAAAGAGAAGCAAUCAAUUUCCAAAUUUCAAAUAAUAACAAACUUUUUUACAAUGAUACUAUAGAUAUUUAUGCUCAACUAAAUGACCUUAAAAGACAGAAAAAAGUCAUACACCUCGAAAUCUCUAAAUUAAUAUUCGAUUUCAUGGCAAAUUCUAUUGAUUUUUUCAAAGUAUACGACGCUAAAAUAAUACCAAAGGGGACCUACGGAGUUCUGUCACUCGUAUCAGGCCUUAUUGGAUUCUAUAAACUGUGGAUAAAUGCAAAAGAUGAUAUUUAUUCAUCCAAGCAAAAAUCAGAAUAA